UAGCAGAAAAAUACAUUUUCCUCCAAAGAAUAAACGGUGAACAAUUAGAUUUCAAUUAUUCUUAUCAGUCUUUAUUUUCUGCCUGAUAAUGAUUGUUGUGAUUGUGCUUCCAUCAAGGAUUAGAAAGGGGUUAAGAACAGAUCCAUCAAAAACAUGCUAGGAAUUAUUUCAUAUUUUAUUUUGGCCGGUUUCUUCGGAUUGUUAUCGUUGGCCUCUCUCAAUGCAGAACUAGGAUUAAGAAGGCGUUACGUGAAAGCCCUGCUCAAAGUGUUUGAAUUCGGGCGGACAAGAAUUGAAAAGUCUGAAAGAAAAAACACUUUAGAUGAAAUCGAAGAAGAUGUGUGGGAUGAAUAUCAUUCAGUGAUCGGCAAAGAAGUACAGAAUGCACCGUCUCAACUGCAGAUUCCCAACCUUCCAAGAAACAGAUCUUUCAAUACUCUGCACAGGGACUUCCACCUCUGUGACGUCGUUGAUUUCGCUAAAGUAGGAGUAGAGAAUUACCAUCUUGGAAUUUAUUGACGAGGACCAAUAAAAACUAUAGUUUUGUCAGCUUGCGCUUGUCCAUUUUGUGGGGACUCGGUUGGAUUUUGCGAUACUGUAUUUUAUUCCCAUGUAGACUAGUUAUUUCAAUUCUUGGAGUGUUGUGGCUUCUUUUGUGCACCGGCAUCAUCGGCUACAUUCCCGAAGGACGACUGAAGAGAUUUGCCUACAAGCAUGUGAGCUUAAUGUGCUUCAGGAUAACGGCCCGAUCUUUUUCAGCAAUCGUCACCUAUCACAAUCUAGAGAACAAAGCGAAGGGAGGAGGAAUUUGUGUGGCCAAUCAUACUUCUCCAAUUGAUGUCGUCAUUCUUGCCAGCGACAAUUGCUACGCUUUGGUGGGUCAGAAGCAGGGUGGAUUCUUAGGACUUCUUCAGAGGGCUCUCGAUCGUGCUACCUCACAUGUCUGGUUCGAACGUUUUGAAAUGAAAGACAGAGCUUUAGUCUUGAAAAGGCUCCAAGAACAUUGUCAAGAUGCAGAGAAACUUCCGAUUCUGAUAUUUCCAGAAGGAACCUGCAUCAACAACACAUCUGUGAUGAUGUUUAAGAAAGGAAGUUUUGAAGUCGGUGGCACCAUAUACCCGGCCGCCAUUAAGUAUGAUUCGAGAUUCGGUGAUCCUUUUUGGAACAGUAGCAAGCAAGGUUAUGUGCAUUACUUGUUCAUGAUGAUGACUUCCUGGGCCAUCGUCUGUGACGUCUGGUACUUGCCUCCCAUGGCAAGAAUGGAGGGAGAGAAUGCCAUUGCCUUUACGAAGCGUGUGAAAUCUGUUAUUUCGAAACAAGGUGGAUUAGUUGAUUUGGAGUGGGAUGGUCAGCUGAAGCGUUUGGCUGUGAAAAAAGAAUGGAAAGAGCUUCAACAACAAGAAUACAGCAAGAAGAUUCUCGGAGAAUGAACUGAAAAAAAUAUUAUUUGUC